CCCCCACCGCGCCUUUUCUGCAAAGUCCAGCGUGGGGAGGGGGGCGGAGAGGAGGGGAAGCCCAGAGCACAUGAUGCCCCCCGCCGGGCCGGGCCGGCGCACAUGACCCAGGCGGCCCGCGGGUCCUGGCAGACCUGGGCCGCGGCUACGGCACGACAUGGCCUCCCCGCGCCUCGGGACCUUCUGCUGCCCCACGCGGGACGCCGCCACGCAGCUCGUGCUGGGCUUCCAGCCGCGCGCCUUCAACGCUCUGUGCCUGGGCAGCGGCGCGCUCCGCCUGGCGCUCGGCCUCCUGCAGCUGCUGCCCCGGCGCCGGCCCGCGGCCCCCGCCGGGUCCCCCCCCUCCCUGCCGCCGGCCCGCGCCCCCGCCUCCACCCGAAUCCUGCGCGCCGCCCUGGCCUGCGACGUGCUCGGCUGCCUGGGUAUCGUGGUCCGCGCGGCGGUGUGGCUGGGACUCCCUGACUUCGUUCAGAACCUGUCUGUGGGGAAUGGGACAGACAUCUGGCCUGCCGCCUUCUGCGUGGGGAGUGCGGUGUGGAUCCAGCUGUUCUACAGCACCUGCUUUUGGUGGCUGUUCUGCUACGCGGUGGACGCCUACCUGGUGAUCCGGAGGUCAUCGGGGCUGAGCAUCAUCCUGCUCUACCACCUCAUGGCCUGGGGCCUGGCCGCGCUGCUCUGCGCCGAGGGCCUGCUCAUGCUCUACUACCCGUCCCUGUCCAGGUGUGAGCGGGGCCUGGAGCACGCCGUCCCGCACUACGUGAGCGCCUACCUGCCGCUGCUGCUCGUGCUGCUGGCCAACCCCGUGCUGUUCGGCAAGACGCUCUCAGCAGUGGCCUCGCUACUCAAAGGGCGGCAGGGCGUGUACUCGGAGAAGGAGAGGCGCAUGGGCGCCAUGAUCAAGACCCGCUUCUUCAAAAUCAUGCUGGUCGUCGUCGUCUGCUGGUUGUCCAACAUCAUUAAUGAAAGCCUCCUCUUCUACCUGGAGAUGCAACCGGACGUCGAAGGAGGCGCUUUGAAAUAUGUCAGAAAUGCGGCCAAGACCACGUGGUUUAUUAUGGGCAUUCUGAAUCCCGCCCAGGGCUUCCUCCUGUCGCUGGCCUUCUACGGCUGGACCGGAUGCCGCCUGGACUUCCAGUCUCCCCGGAAGGAGAUCCAGUGGGAGCCCAUGACCAGCUCAGCCGCCGAACGGGCCUGCCCGGCCCACCAGGGCCCCUGCGUGCCCGGGGGCAGCCCCGCUUCCAGGAAGGUUGCACGUGGGGGCGGCCACACGUCAGACGAGGCCCUGAGCAUGCUGUCUGGAGGGCAGCACACCUCGCGGCCUUCUCUCUCCUUCUCUCCAGGGUCCGACGCCAGCACAAUCGAAAUCCACAUCGCAAGCGGGUCCCGCCAGACGAAUGAGGGGGAAGCCGUUCCCAAAAUCCAGGGAGACCUGUGACGGGGAAGGGGCCCGCCCCCCAUCCUCCGACUCUGCAGCCCUCGUUCCUCAGAAGGGCGUCCUCACCUUCCCAGCUCCUCCUCAAGGUGUCCCAUUCCCCGGCUCACUCUCAUCCCCAGGGCAGAGCAUCUUCCCCCGCCUCUUUGUGAAAAGAGUGCGUGCCCUCGGGGCUGAAAGACUGCCUUCUAGGCCAGCGGUUUCCGCCCUCUGCGCCACGGGAGAAUGCACGACACGCAGCUCCUCCCUGCUUAGUCAGGCGCCGGCCUCUUGCCCUUAGUUUGUCAAAUUAAAAAAAUGACAACAGCGACCACAAUAGCCUUCGGGUGUCAUUGAAUCAAACGUAUGGCUGUUUUCUUUGUCAGAUGGG